AUGGAAAUUGUUCGACCUCAUAGUCACAGGAACUUGUUUUCCAGUAACGACGCCGCACCUGCUCCAACUAUCCCCCUUUAUCGCUCUGCUCCGCCACUCGAAGUCCGACUCGAAGAUUUCGAGUCUUUCGCCAUCGAUCGCCUCCGAGUUCUAAAGGGAAUUUCUGAUGGUUUGUCACGGGGAAAGAAACCGGAUGAAAUGGAAAAAUUGGUAAGCGAACUGUGGAAAGUGAACAUGAGACAUCAGCAUGCUUCUGAGGUUUUGAACAAGGAUAUUAUAUCUCAUUUUGUUUUGCGUUUAGUGUAUUGCAGAACGGAGGACUUGAGGAAAUGGUUUCUCUCUAUGGAAUGUGCACUUUUUCGCUACCGUUUUCGUUUUCUAACUACUGAAGCUCAGAGGGCAAUCAUGGACGAAUUUGACAUAACUUGCAAGGCUGUUAACAUUAUGGAAUUUGAGAGCAUUAAAGAGAAACUGGGACAAGUUGCACGUUCCAUGGGUCAGCCUUUACCCACAGGUGAUGCAAUCUUUUACAAGGUACCAUUUGAAGAUGUUCCAGAACUUGUAGCCGGGCGUAGAGUGUUGUUAAGUCAAGGAUAUGCUUAUGUUGCAAUGAAUCAGGUUGUUUCACUUGUAGCCACUCUAUUCCGCAGUCAGCUGUCAAAGACACUCAUCCUUACAAACAGCGUUUAUAUAUGUUGCAGAAAAUGGACAUCUUCAAUCAGAGAACAGGAGAAGCAUAGGUUGACUCCGAUUGUGGAAGCCUUGUGCUCAAGUUAUCUAGGUCCUGAUUUUUCUCAGCCUAAGGAAUAUGCUGAGAUAUCUUUAAAAGACAUUGAUCAACUUGCCAAGACCUCAUUUCCUUUGUGCAUGCGUCACCAGUUUGACAAGCUGAAAGAGGACCAUCAUUUAAAGCACGGUGGGAGGAUGCAACUAGGCCUCUUUCUCAAGGGUGUUGGUUUGAACCUGGAUGAUGCACUUGCAUUUUGGAGAGCUGAGUUCUCUAAGAAGGUUGGUUUGGAGAAGUUUGAGAAAGAAUAUGCAUAUACCAUUCGCCAUAAUUAUGGAAAGGAAGGGAAGAGAACUGAUUAUACUCCCUAUUCUUGUUAUAAAAUUAUUUCAUCAACUCCCGGUGCUGGAGAUCAUCAUGGUUGCCCCUAUCGACACUUCAGUGAAGAGAAUCUAAGAGCUGCUCUCAGCAGAAUGGGGGUGAACAGUCGAGCAACGGAAGAUGUCAUGAACAAAGUGCGAAAUAGACAUUAUCAGUUAGCAUGUACCUUGACAUUUGAAGCUCUUCAUGGCGUGCCGUGUGAUGCUGGGAUUAAUCAUCCAAAUCAAUAUUUCAGUGAUAGUCAAAAGAUAUUGCACCCAAAGAAGGACUCUUCAACCUAA